GGCUAUUUCAGUGCAACAAGCCACGAAUGUGCAGUUGUCACAGAAAACAUAGAAAGUUGGAGCAGACUUUUACUCCACACGUCUUUCUGCUAAGCUUACCAGCUACUCACUUUCAGGAAGAAGAGAACCGAUCAUGGAAAACGUGGUGAUUUUUGACUCACCUGGGAAAGGGAGGGGCUUAAAGGCCACCAAGGAGUUUUGGGCUGGAGACGUCAUAUUCUCUGAGGCCAGUCUUGCAGCUGUUGUGUUUGACAGCCUUGCAGAACGCAUUUGCCACAGCUGUUUCCGCAGGCAAGAGAAGCUCCAAAGGUGUGGUCAGUGUAAAUUUGCUCAUUAUUGUGAUCGAACCUGCCAGCGUGCUGGCUGGGCCGAACACAAGCAAGAAUGCAGUGCCAUCAAAGCUUAUGGAAAAGUACCAAAUGAGAACAUCCGACUAGUUGCCCGGAUCCUGUGGCGCCUCGACAAAGAUGGGACCGUGGUGUCUGACAUGCAGCUGACCACGCUGGACGAGCUGGAGGACCACAUCACUGACAUGCCAGAAGACGAGCUGAAGGAACUCAAAGUGGACAUCCACAAUUUCCUGGACUUCUGGCCACGGACCAGCAAGCAGCACACAGUGGACAACAUCUCCCACUUAUUUGGGGUGAUCAACUGCAAUGGCUUCUCUGUGAGCGACCAGAGGGGCCUUCAGGCAGUAGGAGUGGGUCUUUUUCCAAAUUUGUGCCUGGUAAAUCACAACUGCUGGCCAAACUGCACAGUGAUCCUUAAUCACGGCAAGAUUGAGCUUCGCUCUCUGGGGAAAAUCGCUGAAGGAGAAGAGCUCACAGUCGCCUAUGUGGACUACAUGAAUCUAUCGGAGGAGCGGCAGAGGCUUCUGAAAACUCAGUACUUCUUUGACUGCACGUGUGAACACUGCACGAACAAAACCAAAGACGACAUCAAGCUGGGAGGAAGGGAAGUGGACGGCGUGAAGCCUUCAGAAGAGCAAGUCAAAGAGGCAACGGAUUACUGCUUUCAGAUGCUGGAGAAGAUGGAGAAAGCUCGAUUAAAUGGCGACUACCAUGAGGUAGUAAAAAUCUGCAGGGAAUGCAUUGAGAAGACAGAACCGGUUUUGGCUGAGACACACAUUUACUUGCUGAGGAUGUGGAGCACAAUGAGUGAAGUGCAAGCUUACCUGCAGUACUUCAACGAUGCUGCAGAAUACGCCAGAAAAAUGGUGGAGGGAUACAUGAAGCUGUAUCACCCAAACAAUGCCACUCUCGGUAUGGCCGCCAUGCGAGCUGGGGUGACUCACUGGCAGGCUGGGGAUAUAGAAGUUGGACAUGGCAUGAUCUGCAAAGCUUAUGCUAUCCUCAUGGUCACACAUGGUCCAACGCACCCCAUCACCAAGGACCUGGAGGCGAUGCGUGUGCAGACAGAAAUGGAACUGAGGAUGUUUAAACAGAACGAGUACGUUUACUACAGCAUGAGAGAAGCCGCUCUGAAAAACAAGCCCAUGACCAUGCUGCAUGAACCCAAGUCUGUGGAAGAAGGAAUCAAGAAUCUUUUCCACCGGAGGAAGUAACUCCUUCAUGCUGCUAUAGAGUCUGGAGAGCUUGUGAACAGAUGUGUGUUGAAAUUACCGUCUUUACAUUUCAGUGACACAGCCAUUUUCUGUAUCAUGUUUUGUAGUUACACUUUUAUUAAAAAAUAAACUGU